UCUGAUAGUAUUCAAUAGUAUUCCAUUCAGGUUUCUGCAAUCGGUAUUGUUACCAUAGUCUCAUCACGACACACUUUAUAGAUUUCGAUAUUACAUCUCGAAAUCCAUCGAAAGGAUACACGAGUUUCCUCCCAUAACGAAGAAGGAAAACUAAAAGGACAAUCGCUGAGAGUUCCAACGCUUCAUGUGCGUCUCGAGUAUGAGCAGGACCUCCACCAUGACCGUCGAAGAAGAGGAGCUGUCCGGGGCCCAGGUCCUCCAGCCCACGACACGCAUCUCGCCCCUGUCCUCCUUCAGCCGCGCCCGCUUCAACUCCAUCUCCGAGUUCCGCCCUUCCGAAAUGCACAAGUCGCGCUCCGCCGGCGUCCUGGGGGUCUUCUCCCACGACACGAUCUCCAGGCAGGAGCUGGAGACGCUCGUCGACGGCAAGAGGAAGGAGCCCACCAAGGUCACCAAGGCGCAGAUCAAGGAGUACGCGCAGAAGUACAAGAACUUCCAGUCCGAUGAGAAGAAGGAGAGCUCGCCGUGGUACAAAGAGAUGUUCGAGCACACGCAGCCCGCCCACCUCAUCGCCAUGGUCGCCGUCGUGUACCUCGCCUUCCGCCUGUUCCCCGACUCGCGCCGCCACGCCACGGAGGCCUCGACCCUCACGCGCCUGCUCUACGUGGCCGCCGUCAGCACCGUCUUCGGCAGCCAAGUGUGGAUGACCUUCGUGUCCGGCUUAGCUCUCUUUUUCUCUGUGCCGAGACACGUGUUUGCGCAGGUGCAACAGGUGUUAUUCCCGCUCUAUUUCUUGUGCAACGCUGUGCUGAUGCUCGUCGCCGUAAUUACGUACACACAGCACCAUCCGACGCACAUGUGGGACAACCAUCAGCUCAUGCAGGGCGGGAUCCUCGUAGGCAGCUUCCUGGUUAAUCUGGGCAUCCGGCUGUACCUCGCACCGGUCCUCACGCAGCUGAUCACUGUCAAGAUCGCCAUCGAGCGCGAGGCCGGCCUGGGCCAGGAGGUCGGCACGAACCGCCCGGGGCGCCUCGCUCACUGCCCGCACUACAUGAGACUCUACCGCGCCUUCCGCAGGACACACAUGAUCAUCGCCGUCGGGAACAUGGUCGCCAUGGCAGCCACGUCGCUCCACCUCUACUACCUCGCCACCAAACUUUGUUCAGUGCAUUUAUAAGCCUUUUAUAAGGAGGAAUGAGCAGGAGAAGUAAGGAGGAGGUUGAAGACGUAGUAAUACGUGGGCCGGAGAAUGGGCGUGGGCAGGACUCGGCUCGAUUUUGAGAAAGCGACGGUCAUUUCGGAGAUAUGUGGCAGCAUUUCAGUCGAAGAGAUCGUCGAGAGAGAAAAGAGGUGACAGAGACGAGAGUGUGAAAGGAGGAAAUCCAAUCAGGCGGGGGAUCAUCCUUUGGAUAAUAACAUUUUUUCACCUCUCUCUCUAUCUAUCUAUCUAUCCAUCUCUAUCUCUAUAUGUAUAUAUUCAUCUAUCUAUAUAUCUGUCUGUUUGUCUGUCUGUCUAUCUCUCUCUCUGUCCAUCCCUCUCGCGCUUUCUGUCUGACUGUCUAGCUAUCUAUUUUUCGUUUCGAUAUCUCUUUCUUCGUUUUGUGUAACUUCUCCCACAUCUCUAUCCUUCGCCUUAUCCCCCCCCCCCCCUCCUCCUCCUCCUUUCGCUCCAUAAUCCUCCUUUCCUCACGCCCUUCUCCUUCCCCCCACCCACUUCUCCGCCCACUCAUUCAUCUGUCACAAUUCCCUCUCCACCCCACCCCCCUUGUCUUCAAGGAGCCCGCGGGGGAGAGGGGCGUAAGGUAUUGUCCUCAUGUCACUGGCUAACUGACAUGUGACACUGACAAACUCUCUCUGGCGACGAUUAUUCAUGUCUUGCGGGUUUUUUAUCUCUCGUUUCUUUUUUGCGUUUCUUCACGAGACUGAAGUUCCUAUUUGACGAAUGCGUAAGAGGUUAUAUUUAUGUCAUGGCAUCUCGUGAUGAAGAUUUGAGAGGGAAAGAAAGAGAGAGAGGGGGGGAGAGGGGGCGUUAAUGGAGAGAGAAAGAGGAAGGAAGAUAAGGAUGGCAAAGUGAAAGAAAGAGAAAAUUAGAGAUAGACGAGAAGAGAACAGAUAGUGAGGUAAAUAAGAAAAGUAGAUAAAAGAAAAUAGAGAGAAUGAGAGCAAGUGAACAUGGUUCAUCCUUAGUAUCCAGUGAUGCCUAAAUCUCUCUCUCGAACUUGACAGAAGAAAACGAAUCUCUGAACUAAAGCAAGAAGCAUUUUUUUCUUCUUUUUUUCUGUGUUUAGAAUGGCAGUCGUUGCUUUGGAUGUAUUCUGAUGGAAAAUAUCCAUCUGAAAAGAAGAGGAAAAUAGAGGCCUCUUCUCACAAAGACACCAUCUCAAGAAAUCAUAGCCCUCUUGCUCUGUCCUUGGAUUUGAGGACAUGUUCAGGACACGUUUAGGCAAAGUGCAAAGCCCUCGGGUUUGGUGGCACGACCCUGAGGUCCUAUCCCCUCCCGCAGGAAAUGUGAUGCUUUGAUAAUCGUGAUAAAUCACCAUAUCGUAUGUGGUUUUAGAUAGGGAUUGAGGAUUCCCCUUGAAUGUAUAAAUAUUUAGCAAAGAAAGGUUUUUGUUGGAAACCUUCUUUGAACUAAAGGGGCAUUAAAUAGUCCUUUUCAGUCUCUUCCAAGCGAAGAGAAUUUGUAUACUGUAUUAAUUAUUGUAUUUUAGCGUGUAUAAUUACACUGAGUGUUUUGAUAUUCAGUACAACAGGUGUUUAACUUGCAUUGUUCCUAUUCGCUCUGGUAUGUUUCUUCCUUAUAUUUAUUAAGUGAAAAUUAAGUGAGUUUGUUAUCACUUUAAACAAAUAAAAUGAAGACAAAGGAAA